GCUUCGGCACCCGGCGCCCCGCCAUGGAGCAGGGCUCGGCUGGGGGGGCUGCCGCCGCCGCCGCCGGCAGCGGGGGGCUGCUGCUGUCGCUGAGCGAGAGCGAGCAGCAGCGCUACUCCGAGCUCUUCUCGCGGUGCUGCCCGCCCCCCGAGGCGGCGGCCGCCGGGGGCAGCAGCGUGGGCGAACUGUUCCGGGCCUCCCAGCUGCCCCCGGACACGCUGCACCAGAUUACAGAAAUUUGUGGAGCCAAGCGUGUGGGUUAUUUUGGUCCUGCUCAGUUUUAUAUUGCUUUGAAGUUAAUUGCGGCAGCACAGUCAGGGUUCCCAGUACGGAUUGAGAGCAUUAAGAAUGAAUUGCCUCUGCCGCGGUUUGUGGCGCUGAAAAAUGACAGUGAAGUACGUUACGGGACUCCAGCAGAACCCCAUGGAGUUAAAUUUCAGGUUCCACAUGCAACUUUGGAAAAAAAUUCCUACAAAAGAACAGAUGAAGGGGACAAACAGGAACCCAAGUCUCCAUCAAUGUCUCCAAUCUGCUCACCUCCUGCUUCUCCAUCUACUUACCAGAGAAUACCCUUAAGUUAUGGAUAUGGUAAAUCAAGGAGUGGGCCGGAGCAGCAGCACGGAGCUCCUUAUGAAGUCAGACAUUCUACUCACCAGCAAGAUGGACAAUCAGGGAAUUUUGGAGCCAAAUCUGCAGUCAGCUGUUCAACUCUUAAUCGGUCUCUUUCAGCAGAGCGGGAGCAGCAGGACAGCAGCACCCACUACUCAGAUGACCCUUGGAGGAUAACAGAGGAGCAACGAGACUACUACAUCAACCAGUUCAGGUCCCUGCAGCCUGACCUGAACUCCUUUAUAUCCGGUUCCGUGGCAAAGAAUUUCUUCACAAAAUCGAAGCUCCCCAUCCCUGAGCUUUCUCACAUCUGGGAGCUGAGCGACGUGGAUUGCGAUGGGGCGCUGACACUCGCCGAGUUCUGCGCUGCUUUCCACCUCGUGGUGGCAAGGAAGAACGGGUACCAGCUGCCGGAGACGCUGCCGGAGACGCUGCUGCCCGAGUACCUUCAAGCAGCUUCUUUGAAGCCCGUUUGUGACUGUGCACUGUUUGAUUCUUAUUCUGAGUUGUUGCCAGGUGGUCAGCAGACUCGGGACUUCAGUCGGACGGAGAAGGCAUCUGCUGAAGAGGUACCUGACAACUCUGCCCUGUUACAAGACUCAAAGAAAGAUGACAAACAAGCUCUUAAAGUAAGCACUGUUCUCAAAACGAUACCAAAGGAAUUCCAGCACUUGACUGUGAAAACAGCUGCUCAGGAAUCUUACGCACUGAAAGCCAGACCACGAUCCAGGUCAUAUUCUAGCACAUCAAUAGAAGAUGCCAUGAAAAAGGGAGAAGAGCCCCCUACUCCACCUCCAAGGCCACAGAAAUCACAUUCCAGAGCUUCCUCUUUGGAUCUAAACAAAAUAUUUCAACAAAAUACACAAGCUGUGAGGUCUGGCUGGCUGCCCCCACCACCUCCCGCACUGCCCCCUCGACCUUCUGCAUCUCAGACAGAGCCAGUAUCUGAGGUUGAAUUACAUCCUCAAAUGAAUAGACCCCCAUCACAGGCAGAAGAAAACAGUUCAGCAAAAAAGGAGGUUGUUCUUGCUCAGCCGCCCUCCAAACCCGCCCGCAGGAAGCUCCGGACAGAGACACAGGGGCUGGAGACCCCUGAGCAUUCUCCCACUAUAAAUGUGACUUCUUCCUUGCCAGCAGUCAAGCCUCACCUCCCAGUUCAAAAACAGUCUUCCAAGCAGAAAAGAGCUAUUCAGACCGCCAUAAGAAAAAACAAAGAAGCCAAUGCCGUCCUUGCCAGGUUGAACAGUGAGCUCCAGCAGCAGCUGAAGGAGGUUCACAAGGAACGAAUUGCCUUGGAAACGCAGCUGGAGCAGCUACGUCCCGUCACCGUCUUGUGACAUCCUCCACCAGCUGUGCAGCAGCAAGAGCAGAGCACAUGUCCCGACAGCCUUGCAAGGAGAGGGGCAGGCAUGGCUGGGCAGAGCUUUCACCGAGGUGGUGGUGGCAGGAAGGACCAGCUUGUCCAGUCUCCCUUCACCCCGCUGCUUUCAUUUGUAGGUGAAGAAGGUACAGAAAACAAAUGUCUGACUGCUGGAUCUUUCUGAGCGGAGGGCUGCUUUGCCUUCUUUCCUCCCUCUUCCCAGCCUAACAUGUAAAUGCAGUUUAUCACUGAAAGGAGUAACCUGAGAGUAUUUUAUUUCUGUAAAGAAUUCCUGAUUUAUACACAUUCUGGCAGCACCUCCUGUCCCUAUCAUUAUGAGGUACAGCAUUCCCGAAUCCAUGCUUACAUUUAAACCUCAUCCUCUGAGAUGAGCUUCUGGAUGUUACUGGAUCCUGUAGGAUUGUAUCAUGGUGGAGUACCUGCAGGUUUAAUGUGCUACAGGAAUUAAAACUCAGUAGACGUACAGAGUCUUUAUCUGCAAUCAUGUCAGAUAAUUAUUUUCUUAGCACUGUUUAUUAUGCAAUCAUGGAUGUAUUUUAAUGUUGGAGAACUUGUAUUUUGUAAAUUCAAAUCAUACAAGAGAACAGUAAAAAUGCUAAAAUUUUAUUAUUUUGGAAAUUACAAAAAAAAUAUUGUUUUUUGAGUUACCGUUGUUUCCUAUCACCAGCAUUUGAUCACUUGCUUGCAACUGCCAGUGUCUCUGCAUACUUUUAGCAUGUUUGAGAUCACUGGUUUAUAGCUUUUUGUCUCCUUGUAAUUUUUUUCCUUACUUUUUUUUUUUAACCAACAGUGUAUUUGUAAGAAGAGGUUAAAAAAUUCAUUCUGGGCAUUUUUGUAAAAGCUAUUUUGUGUGUGCAUUUGUAUUAGUCUGCUUUGUUGUCUUAAUAUCUGCUCAUUUGUUUUAAGGAUGCAUACAAGAACUGUAUUUCCAAAAGCAGAAAGAUAGCAAAAGUACUAUAUAUAAGGUUAUAAAAUGUGUGAUUAUAUUAAUUGUCCCUCUACAACAGGCUUUUGUUAAGGUUCCUUUGCACCUGGCUGGAGAUGCUGCUGAUAGGAUGAAGCUGCUAAUGCCUGUCUAUUUCCUAAAUGAAGAAGUAAAGAUUAAGUUUUUCCCUGGGUGUGAUGUAGUACCAACAGAAUUCCGUGGGAAUUUUUCUCAUGGAUGCAGCAGUCACUCGCUUCAGUCUCAAUUUUCACAGUGGAAGCUGGCUAAUUAAUGUUGCUUUAUUUCUUGGGCCAAUGCUCUUGUAUUGGGUGACUUCAGACAUAACAAUGUCAGCCCUGCUCCCUCCAUGGACACGAUGUGUGCUUCGGUGCAAGGGAAUGUCACCAACCUGUUAUCUGUCUUCAACAUGAUGCUGCACGUGUUUCAUAUCCUAUUGUUCACUGACCUAAUUUGAGUGCACACAUUUGCCUUGCAGAGACACUGCAGCAGGUUUUUACCAUUGUUGGUGUGAUGCUUUCUCCCUGCAGCUAUAGGAUGGCCCUAGGGCUGAGAGGAAGGAGAAGCAGGUUUGAAGCAGCUGGGUAGUCUCCCUUCCGGGUGUAUCAUGGAAGAGUUGAAGUGUGGGGUAUUAGAGGACACCAGAGCAGCCUGAUGUUUUGUUGAGAGGUAAGACAGACAUCAAUGGGAACAUUUGAAGUGACGAGGAAACAACCUGCUUUUGUGGAAAGUGAUAUGGAUGUGGGACAUGGAUCCAGAAGUCUAAGGUGAAAAUACGCAUUUGCAGAAUUCUUACUGAAAAUCUGUUUUUUGUAAUGCAUUGGUUUGGAUUCAGCUAAACACCACUAUGUCAAGAAGCAACAACCAUUCCUCUGGAUUUGCGACUGCUUCUGUGCAGCUGUUGCAUAGGUGGGGGCAGGGGCAAUUCCUGAUCAGUGACAAAAUGCAAGAGCUGCAAACUUUUCUGGGAAGCUGAAGAACAGCCACUGCACUCUUGCUCGUAGUGGUACUGUUCAGAAGUUACCAUAAUUUAUUUCAUAUGCUUAUAACAUUUGAGUCAUUACUGAGAUUUUAAUGAGGUUAAGUGCUCAUUCUUUGCUUUUUAAUCCUUACAUUGUCAUUUGGUUAAUAAGCCCCUACUCUUGGAUAGGAAGAAAUCAUAUGGCACAUUUGCUUUUUAUUUUGUGGGUGAUUUUUUGAGGAAAGUUUUUCAAUUAUUACAAAGAAGUUUGCACAUUACGUUUUUAAGGCAGUGGAGAACUUCUCAUGUUUAAUAGGAACUUCCUCUGUAUAACCCCUAUCUAUUUGGCUUGGGUUAUGAAUGGAGUAAAUGCUGCUCAAAGGAGAAGUGGAAAAGUCUGCUUUAAAUGUCUUUUUCAAAUGUCUCCCUUCUAACAUAGUUUUUUUUUUUGUUGACUGGAAAUUAGGAUACUUGGUUAGCCAACAAUGAAAUAUUUAUUCAGUUGUUGCUCUGUCACAGAACUUACUGAGUUUAAAAUCUAACCAUCCCUGCAUUUUUAGGGAUGCAAUCAAAUGCUUCACUCAGCUUCAGGACCUAGACUGUGAGUUGAUUUGUGUUAUGUUUGGGGAAAUGUUGGCUAUGAUGAUGAUACACUACUUCACAUAGCGAGUAAAGCUAAAUGUUGAAGGAGGAAUGCUGCGCUAUAUGUAUAAUGCAGGAAGUGACUUUUUUGUAUGUCUCAGUACUUAAGUAUUCAUGAUAGCCCAUGCAAAAUAAAAGAGUGCUUCUGGUUUUGGGGGGCUGUUACCAUUUUGAGAAGGACAGGAGAAGGCAUCAUGAAGCUACAGACAGUGCUUCUGGCAGUUGCUCCAUACAGCCACGCUCGUGGCUAGUAUUAACAGACCCUGGCUGAUCAAAGUACAGGUUCUAAAUCCAGUAUCACGUAUUUUCUCAAAAAAAUAGUUUUCCUUUGGAAAAAUGUGGAUACAGCGAAGUCCUUUCUUUCACAAACCUUUACUUUCUCGAACUUUGGAUGGGAGAUGCUCCUCAAGCCAAGACAGAUGAUCUAGUCAGAAUGGGAGACCUCACAAGCAGUUUUCUCAAUGUUCAGGGCACUUUCUUGAGCUACAGGGGAGCAAUCAGCUUUAUGGCCCUGAUGUCCCUGACCCAGAACAACAACUAGGACCUACCUGUCCCACCUUACAGCCCUACCAAGGAAUGAUAGCAGCUUCUCAUGCAUGAGGUCUGAUUGCCUCAUUUCACAGUUUCUGUGGGUAUUAAUGCAGAGCAGGACAUGCCCAGCAAUAGAGGAUAACUGGGAAGGUAAUAGAGAUGCUUCCUAGCAUCUGAGAGGAUGUGCAGACCAUGAACCUGGUGCCUCUUCCUAAGUCUUCAAUUUCAUGCAGCUAUUCUGGUUUGGACAUAAAAUAUUUUUGUCUGCAGGACAUGACUAGGCAGAGCAGGUAGGGAUCUUCCUCAGUGUAGGUGUGCACUCACGUAUCUUUCUUUUGAUCGUGUUUCUUUAUGGCUCUGUUCAUGUUCAUAUCACCCAGUACCUUUCUAUGAAAUACUUGUUUCAGUACAUGGUAAUUCAGUGGUGAAAAAACAAAAAUGCCCAGCUAAGUAUAGUGGCUGGUUGCCUUUGUAGAUCAAGCCAUUUUUAUAUGAGCCUUUAAAUAUAAAUAAUGACCUCAUAAUUAAGCAAGGCGUGAACACUUUCCAUUUCAGAGGCAUUCCUUUAAACAAACUGCCUGUGAACACACAUUAAUCCUUCAUGAUCAUUGUCCUCCUAGUUAUUAAAUAUAUGCUAGGAUGCAAGGGAAACAUGACCACCUCUUUCCAGACAGUUCUCAGUUCUCUCUUCCAUGAAGUUUUGCUGACAUAGCAAGAAUGGCAGUGAUUAGUGGAUUUAGCCCUGUUAUUGGAAACUUGGUGAAUAUCCUGUUUAACUCAAAAGGUUAUCUGUAAACUGUCUUUAUGUGCAUGGCAGUAGUUCUGCAGCUGGGAAUUCUGUAUCCAUGUUGGAGAGAAGAGCUUGUUUGGCUAUCAUUGACUGUCCCAGAUUGAUACUUCCAGGGCUAACUGGUGCAGAGUGGUGAUGACUUGCAUGGUAAAAUGACCCCAAAGGGAUAUUUGGGGUUUGGAACCCUUCACAGGAAGCAUUUAGAAUGGACAUAUGAUAAGAAGAUUGCUUUUUUUGUGGUGUAUAAGCUGCUUCCCUCCCAGCUGAGCUUCCAGAUCAGGUGAAAGAGAGCCUGUAAAAGUUGCUAGUGAGGGAAUGAGAAGUGUCCAUUUUACAGCACUAUCAGCCUUUGUCCUUCACUACACAUGGUCUUUGAUAAGACAAUAUACAAAGUUAUAAAAGAAAGAAGAGAGGCCCUUAUGAAGCCACAUAUUUUGUUGACUAAGGAGUAAAGUAUUUUUUCAGGAAAAAAACCAGCAACCUAAGUGCUGUAGUACCUUUAAGAAGAGAUGAUGUAUUUUGAAGCUUUUUUCAUUUAUCUCUAUGAUAGCGCAGUAUGAACAUAGGCAUUAUGUUUUACUCUGUUGCUGAUUUUUUUAUAUAAAAGAAUCACAUUGCAAGCCAGUAUCGUUGUUAAUCUAAAAAAAAUACCCUGAGGCUAUUAUAUCUUUGAAUUUUAACUUAGAAAGUAGAUAGCCAGAUUUAAGCAAUUUGUUUUCACAGCUGCAGACUGUCCACGUGGUAAGCUGCAAAAUGUAUACUGUUCUAUACUGUGCCCGUCUAAUUUUGGAAAACGUAUGUGAUAUGGAGCUGGGUGCUACAUUGAAAUAAAAGUGUCCAAUAACUUCAAA